AUGACUAUUGAAAUCGCACCAACUAAUGAACAAGCUUUUCAGCAGUUCAAACCUUUAAUUGAGAAAUACAAUGCUGAAAAGGUCGAACAAAUGAAAUCAUAUGAUCCAGAGUUUUACGUGAAAUGUAUUUCUACUAUUCCAUCUGAUGCUGAAUUGGAUUCCCAAUCCAUCGAUCCAAGACAAUAUUUAGGUCAAUUGUUAGAUGCCUCUGAGCUGAAAAUUGUCAACGACUACACAAUCAACGAUCUAUUGUCCAAACAAUUGGAUGGUUCCUUGACUGCUGUCGAGAUUGCCAAUGCGUUUAUAAAGUCAGCGAUCAUUGCCCAAUUAACAACCAACUGUAUCAUGCAGUUUUUGAUUCCAAACGCCCUGGACAAAGCUGCAAAGUUAGAUGUCUAUCUAAAGGAAAACGGCAAACUUGUUGGUCCAAUGCAUGGUAUCCCAAUCUCCUUAAAGGAGCAUUUAAGUUUCAAGGGUGAGAUCACUCAUGCAUCUUACGUUUCUCUAUUGUCAUCAGUUACGCCUAAACAUGCUUUGACCGUUGACAUUUUCGACAAGCAAGGUGCGCUAUACCAUGUGAGAACAGCUCAGCCUCAAACUAUUAUGCACCUAGACACUUGGAACAUAAUUACUGGAAGAACUAGAAAUCCUCGUUCUACCAAAUUGUCCCCUGGUGGAUCCUCUGGCGGUGAAUCUGCCGCUAUUGGUAUGCACGGCUCUGUCAUUGGUAUUGGUACCGAUAUCGGUGGUUCUAUUAGGUGUCCCGCCGCAUUUGCUGGUAUCUGUGGUAUGAGACCAACUGUUAAAAGAGUCUCGUUGUUAGACGUCACUCCAAGUUCUGGCGGUCAAGAAAGUAUUGUUCCAACGAUUGGCCCGUUAGCUAGAUCUAUUGAAGAGCUGGAUUACUUUAUGAAACAUUACAUUAAUGACGGUAAGCCUUGGGAAUCUGAUACUACUAGUAUCCCUAUUCCUUGGAGAGAAGCUGAACUGCCUCAGAAGAUCAAGGUCGGUGUCCUAUAUACUGAUAACCUUGUAACGCCAUACCCUGCCAUCGUAAGAGGUAUGAAGACUGCUGCCGAACAAUUGGCAAAGCACUCUGAUACGUUUGAAAUUGUCGACCUGGCUCCAUACUGGUUCUCUGAACAAGAAAUGUUAGAUAUUUAUACUACCAACUUGGUCCUCUAUACGAUUGACGGUAACAAGGGCCAAUUGUCCUUGACUGAAAAGAGUGGUGAACCGAUUUUACCAUUAACAGAACAUUAUUUCAAGUUUGGUGGUGGUAAACCGUUAAGCGCUUUCGAAAACAGACAACAUAACCACGUAAGAGAUGUCAAUCAACAGAGAAUCUUUGAAGAAUUCUUUAAAAAGACCUCUUCAAGUUUGGGCUUGGAUUUUAUCUUGUCACCAACCAACGUCAGCCCCGCUGAAAUUCCUGCUGAGAGUUUCUACUGGGGUUAUACUUCUUUCUGGAACUUGUUCGAUUAUCCAAAUGUCAUCUUCCCCUCUGGCGUUAGUCAUGAUGUUGAAUUGGAUUCGCACGUUGAUGAAGGUUCUCUUUUAUCAAAUGAGUACGAGAAAAAGGUUUGGUACAACACUAACGGAUCUUUGAGGUAUGAUGCUUCCCAAUUCAUUAAUGCGCCAGUUGGUCUACAAUUAACUGGUAAGAGAUACGACGACGAAAACGUCGUUGCUGCAGUGAAGAAAAUCACCAAGGCACUUGGUGUUGGAAGACAGUGA